AUGGCAUUAGCGAACAAGUUUGAACGGGCGAGUGCAACGGCAAGGAAGUUUACACUCGAGUAUUUGGAACAAAUUACAAAUAAUUUUUCUGAGGAGCACGUCAUUGGUCGUGGUGCUUAUGGAGUAGUUUACAAGGGAGUACUGGAAAACGGUGAAGUGAUUGCUCUCAAAAAGCUCUGUUGGAGGCCGGAUACUAACGACACGGAAUUUAGCACUGAGUUUAAUAACCUUAUGCGGGUCCAACAUCCAAAUAUUACUCGGUUGGUUGGCUACUGCUAUCACCAAGGACAUGAACUCAUUGAGCACAAAGGUGAAUAUAUUUUUCCCCAUGUGGAAGAAAGAGUUCUCUGCUUCGAAUACUUGAAGGGUGGAAGCCUUGACAAGAAAAUUUCUGAUGAAUCAUGCGGACUUGAUUGGCACACACGUUUCAAAAUUAUUAACGGAGUUUCCCUGGGUUUGCAUUAUCUUCAUAAUGGCUCCAAAGAUUCUAUUUACCAUCUUGACUUGAAGCCUGCUAAUAUACUGCUGGACAAGAACAUGGUUCCGAAAAUUGGAGAUUUUGGCUUGUCAAGACUCUUCCCUUCAGCACAAACCAUUAUCACAAACAAAAAUAUUGGAACACGUGGAUACAUGCCACCAGAAUACAUUGACAAAGGUGAAAUUACAUCAAAGCAUGAUGUAUUCAGUCUGGGUGUCAUAAUCAUACCGAUAAUGGCAGGAGAUGAGGGUUACUUCAAAAGCGCACAUAUGUCUUCACAGGAAUUUCUUGAGCUUGUACAUGAAAACUGGAGAAAACGGCUGCAGGCAACAAUGUUGUCACAUACAUCAGAUCAAAUUGAGACAUGCAUCAAAAUAGCAUUAAGGUGUGUGGAGGUUGAUCGUAAUAAAAGGCCUACCAUUGCCGAGAUUGUUAAUGAACUAAACAAGGUUGGUACCAGAGAAGAGUUUACCUAG